UCUAAGCGAGUGGGUUGGUUGCUAGGAGCAGGCAGGAAGUGGGGGUGACAGGAUGAUGGCAGCUGUUCAGUGUGGCUGGGGCAGGAUGGCGGCUCCCGGACGGGGUCUCCCGUUGUGUUCCCUCUUUCUCGUAUUCUUGGCGCUAGUUAGCUCGGCACAUAUUAAGAAGGCGAUGGAGGAGAGCCCGGAGACCUACAGCCACUACUAUAACCACAAGGAGCUGAGUGAGCGGCUACACUCCCUGGCACAGGCAUACCCGGAGCUGUGCCGACUCUCCAGCCUGGGCAUGUCGGUGGAGGAGCGGGAGCUGUGGCUCAUGAGGGUGACCGCUGACCCGGACCAGGCUCCCCCUGACCGGCCGCAGUUUAAGUACGUGGGGAACAUGCACGGGGAUGAGACGGUGUCCCGGCAGGUGCUCGUCUACCUGCUGCAGUAUCUGCUGGAGAACUAUGGCCGGGACCAGCGCGUCACCCGCCUCCUCAACACCACCGACAUCUACAUCGUGCCCAGCCUCAACCCGGACGGCUUCAAGAGGGCACAGGAGGGCGACUGCCAGGGCCAGAAGGGCGGCCGGGAGAAUGCCAGGAACCUGGACCUCAACCGCAACUUCCCGGACCAGUUCUCCAACAAGCAGCCGCCUGAUCCACAGCAGGUGCCCGAGGUGCUGGCCAUGAUGAAGUGGAUCCAGGAGAACAGGUUUGUUCUUUCUGGUAACCUUCAUGGUGGCUCUGUUGUAGCCAGUUAUCCUUAUGAUGAUUCUAGCAGUCACAUGGAAACAGGAUUCUACAGCAAGUCUUCAGAUGACAAAGUGUUUCAGUACCUGGCCAAGGCUUAUGCAUCUAACCACCCAAUAAUGAAGACUGGUCACCCAAAGUGCAAGGGUGAAGAAGAUGAGUUUUUUCCAGAUGGGAUUACGAAUGGAGCUCACUGGUAUGACGUGCAAGGUGGGAUGCAAGAUUAUAACUAUGUAUGGGGAAACUGCCUGGAAGUCACAUUUGAGCUGUCUUGUUGCAAGUACCCACCAGCAUCUGAACUGCCCCAGGAAUGGGACAAUAACAGAGAGUCGCUUCUCAAGUUUAUGGAAAUGGUUCAUAUUGGUGCCAAUGGUUUUGUAAGAGACUCUGUUACCCAGAAAGGGAUUGAGAAUGCAACUAUAUCAGUAUCAGGAAUUAACCAUAACAUCACUACUGGGAAGGUGGGCAACUUCCAGAGAUUGUUAGCCCCGGGGAUUUAUAACAUCACAGCUUCAGUAAUGGGAUACCUGCCACAAACUAUUAUUCAGGUGGAAGUAAAAGAAGGACCUGCUACUGAGCUUGAUUUUCAGCUCAACCCUUCAGUCUCCGUUUUACCAGAUGAUACACUGGAUAUUACUACUGCCCCACUGCCAACCACUGAGCCUCCAGUGACUGUUAAACCUGAGAAUGUCCCUCCAGCCCACAAACCAGUCCAGCCCCAGGAUUUCCGCCAUCACCACCAUUCUGACAUGGAGAUAUUCCUGAGGAGGUACAAUAGCGAUUACGCCAGCAUCACACAUCUCUACUCCAUUGGCAAGUCUGUGGAGUCACGAGAGCUUUAUGUGAUGGCAAUAUCGGAUAACCCACAUGUUCAUGAGCCAGGAGAACCAGAGUUCAAGUACAUUGGGAACAUGCACGGUAAUGAAGUUGUAGGAAGAGAGCUGCUUUUGAACCUCAUUGAAUAUCUGUGCAAGAACUAUGGAACUGACCCAGAAGUCACACGAUUGGUGAACACUACCAGGAUACACAUUAUGCCCUCAAUGAAUCCAGAUGGCUAUGAGAAGGCACUAGAAGGGGACCGUGAUGGAGUAGUUGGCAGAAACAACAGCAACAAUUAUGAUCUUAAUCGUAAUUUCCCUGACCAGUUCUUCCAAAUCACCGACCCUCCGCAACUUGAGACAUUGGCUGUAAUGAGCUGGCUGAAAACCUACCCAUUUGUUCUGUCUGCUAAUCUCCAUGGAGGUUCCCUUGUGGUUAAUUAUCCGUAUGAUGAUGAUGAAAAAGGCUUGUCUAUGUACAGUAAAUCCCCAGAUGAUGCCGUGUUCCAGCAGCUGGCUCUUUCCUAUUCCAAGGAAAAUACGAAGAUGUUUACCGGCAGUCCUUGUAAGGAGAUCUAUCCUAAUGAGAAUUUUCCUCAGGGAAUCACCAAUGGCGCAAACUGGUAUAACGUUCCAGGGGGAAUGCAGGACUGGAACUAUCUUAAUACAAACUGUUUUGAAGUGACUAUUGAGUUGGGAUGUGUGAAGUAUCCUAUGGCUGCAGAACUUCCCGCCUACUGGGAAAGUAACCACAGGUCCUUGCUGGAGUUCAUUGAGCAGGUACACAAGGGAAUUAAAGGAUUUGUGCUUGAUGCCACAGAUGGAAGAGGCAUUUUCAAUGCAACAAUCAGUGUAGCGGACAUUAAUCAUCUGGUGACCUCGGACAAGGAUGGGGAUUACUGGAGAUUGCUGGUCCCAGGAAUGUAUAAAGUCACAGCUUCUGCAAGAGGCUAUGUUCCUGUGACAAAAAUGGUCAACGUGACAGAAGGAGAUGCGGUGGUGACAAAUUUCACACUUGUUCGUUCUGGCGCAGAUCUACACAAAGAAGAUAAAGGCAAAGUGUUGGUGGUAGAGCCAGAAAAAACAGAUCCCAACACACAGGAAUUUGAGACCCUGAUCAAAGAUCUUUCAGCUGAGAAUGGUCCUGAGCACCUUCUCCUGUCAACUUCAAGUGAUAUAGAUCUAUACCGCUAUAGACCUUAUCAUGACCUCUCUGAAUCACUACGGGGACUGAAUCUGAACUACCCAAACAUUACUAAACUGAACAGGUUGGGACAGAGUGUUGAGUACCGCUACAUAUGGUCUUUGGAAAUCUCAAAUAAACCAAACAUUUCUGAGCCAGAAAAGCCAAAAAUUAGAUUUGUUGCUGGAGUUCAUGGAAAUGCACCAGUUGGCACAGAGCUGCUCUUGACUUUUGCAGAAUUCCUCUGCUUGAAUUAUAAAAAGAACACUGCAGUUACAAAGCUUAUUGACCGAACAAGAAUUGUAAUUGUGCCAUUGGUCAACCCAGACGGACGAGAAAAAGCAACCGAGAAGGAUUGUACCUCCAAGAUAGGUCAGUCCAAUGCCAAUGGCAAGGAUCUGGACACAGACUUUAUCAGUAACUCUUCUGGACCUGUUGGAGAAAGGGAAAAGGAGACAAAUGUCAUUAUUGAUAGUUUAAUCUUGAAGCAAGAUUUCACGCUCUCUGUUGUUUUAGAUGGGGGCUCUCUGCUGGUUACAUACCCAUAUGAUAACCCAGUACACACAGUGGAGAAUAAAGACACGCUGAAACAUUUGGCUUCCGUAUAUGCAAAUAACCACCCUACAAUUCAUCUAGGACACCCAGGGUGCCCUAACAAGUCUGAAGAGCAUAUUCCUGGAGGAGUGAUUAGUGGUGCUGAAUGGAGUGGACACCAAGGCAGCAUGAAGGAUUUCAGUGUAACUCAUGGUCAUUGCCCAGAGAUCACAGUCUACACAAGUUGCUGCUUGUUUCCUAGUGCUGGGCAGCUGAAGUCCCUGUGGACUGAGAAUAAAAAAGCACUUCUUGCCAUGUUGGUAGAGGUCCAUAAAGGUGUGCAUGGCAUUGUAAAGGAUGAAAAGGGAAAACCUGUCCCUAAAGCAACAAUUAUAUUCAACGAGGGAGUGAAAGUGUUCACCAAGGAGGGAGGAUAUUUCCACGUUCUACUUGCUCCAGGUUUCCAUAACAUUAAUGCCAUUGCUGAGGGAUUCCAGCAGCAGCACACACAGGUUCAUGUUCGGCACGAUGCAGCCAGCCUUGUAGAAAUAAUCUUCGUCAUGGAUAAUCGUAUAUUUGGGCUACCCAGAGAGUUGGUUGUAACUAUUGCAGGAGCCACCAUGACUGCUCUACUUCUGACAGCCUGCAUCAUUUGGUGUGUUUGCUCCAUCAAGUCCAAUAGACACAAAGAUGGAUUCCACCGGUUGAGGCAGCACAAUGAUGACUAUGAGGAUGAAAUUCGCCUGAUGUCUGCUGGAUCUAAGAAAUCCCUGCUAAGUAAUGAAUUCCAGGAUGAAACCGACACAGAGGAAGAGACUCUAUAUACCAGCAAACAUUAAAACGACACUGCAGCCAGGACACAUUGCUCCAGACAGGAUAAGAAGAUCACUACACUCUUAAACAAUUCCUAGAUUGGCCGCAGCAAUGUCCUGCAGUUUGUUCUGCACAUUUGCCAUUGACCUUUUCCCGAACUACUUUUUGUGUUAAGUGCUCUUUCGUUUUUACAACAUUAAUGUGUGUUGUGUAUGUCUGGACCCCAUUGUCUGCUAGGAAAACAAUGUGACAAUAUAGGAUGACAACUACAGCGGAUUGCUUCAGAAGCCUUACCAGCUGCACGUUUUUACCACACCGUGGCCCUCGUGGAGGGGUUAGGAUUUAUUGCAAUACUUGGCAAGGUGCUUCACCGAGCCGCUAUACUACUUUCUAUUCUAUGAUGUCUCAACAUAAGAACAGUCUGACUUUUGGGGGAACUUGUUGUCAGUUUGUUGUAUUUGGAAACUGAUGGGGAUUUUGUAUUGACCAGAUUUCAUUUCUGCCAUUGGGAGAAAAAAAAUGAAUGUUUUACCUGAGAACAGUUUUAUAAUAGUCGGAGAUGGUUUAGGUUCUCAAGGUUUUUUUGAAAUGGGGUUCUGGAACAAAGAGUGUUUGUAAUUUACUGUUCUUUUCUAGACACUACAAUAAUGGAGGUGACGUUCUAGGUACAGUAGACGGCCAUCUUGUCUAUAGGCUGCUGACUGGUCAGCAAGUGUUUAUUUUCUAAUCUUUGGCCAUUUCUGCUAUGGGGCAAUAAGCACAUUUCCAAAUUUCUAUGAUGCUUGCUUUUUAAUCCACCACGUAACAUUGCAGUAAGACAGAACACUUCAACAAACCUUUUCACCUAGAUUGUGCUAAAUAAAGCACUAGCAUUGAUUUUGGUGGAUCACAAAAUAUUCUACUCAUAUAGAACAUGGUCUGGCCUUUUUAUUGGAAAUGAUCUUUUCAUAUGUCAUGAUAAAUGUAUGACCAUACUGGGUAUUUCUGACCUGGUAUCUCCAAUGGUUUUCAAAAGUAAAGAUCUCUUUGGACCACUUUGGCUCUUUGAUGGAUUUGUUAUUGAAAAUCUGACAAAAUUCUAAGCAAACAACUAUUCAGAUUAAUAGCAGAUUAUUUUGCUCAGACUGUUGUUGGAUCUUCAGUAUCUGUAAUCUGAGUUCUGCCAAAGGGGAGUAGAUAAAUCUAGGAAAUUGGUGGAGGUCCUGGAUCAGACUCCGUCAAUGUAAUGUUCUCACGUAUGAGGUUAUUUGAACCUGAUUUCCUCUUUUGCACAGAGAAGAAAAUGACUAGGAAAAGUAAACUUUCGGAAAUUGUUUCCAAACCUGCUUUCCGCUCCAUUCUGACAUUAAAGGGGUAUUCCAGGCAAAAGCUUUGUUUUUAUAUAUAUGUGUGUGUGUAUAUAUAUCUCAACUGGCUCUGGAAAGUUAAACAGAUUUGUAAAUUACUUCUAUUAAAAAAUCUUAAUCCUUCCAAUAGUUAUUAGCUUCUGAAGUUUUCUGUCUAACUGCUCAAUGAUGAUGUCACGUCCCGGGAGCUGUGCAUGAUGGGAGAAUAUCCCCAUAGGAACUGCACAGCUCCCGUGACGUGAGUCAUCAGAGAGCAGUUAGACAGAAAACAACAACUCAACUUCAGAAGCUAAUAACUAUUGGAAGGAUUAAGAUUUUUUAAUAGAAGUAAUGAAUGUUGCAGAUUUAGAGCGGAAAAACAAAUUCCUAUUGACUUCAAUGGGAUCUUUCCUUGCUGUUUCUGCCUCAAGAAUCGAGAUGUCAAUUCUUCCAGCAGGAUUCGGAUUAGCAUCAGAAAUGUGCUGAAAUUACUAUGUGUGAACAUGGCCAUAGAAAUCCCAUUGAAAUCACUGGAAGUCUGAUACCAGGAGCAAUUCAUGCUUUAGUGACUAUUCUGCCUGAAAUUACCCAAAGUACACAUUUGUGCAGGUUUUGCCUUGUCUGCAUAAAUCUGUUCACCUGCUUUUGUUGUGGACAGUUUCAUAUUUCAGAUUUUUGAUGUGUCAUGGAGACAUUCCAAAAGUUUUCAUCGGUGAUGGUCCAGGCGUUGAUAACUGGGAGAAGCGAUUGAGCUGUCCCCAGAUGUGUACGGGCUGUAUAGACCAACUAUAGAGUUCAUGCACAAAAGAGAGAAACAGCGCUAUAAUGUACUUUGUCCUAUUCAUUCUACCAUUUGUUGGGGGUUUCAGCCCCCCAGACCCAGCCAAUGAAAACUUUUGUUUCUAUGAUAUGUCAAAAGUUUUCUGUAGUGCCAGGAAUGGCCAAUUAAAUAUACUCUUACAUAUUGCUGCCAAAUUUACUGCCUUACCACAUUUUGCUGCUUUACAUCCAGCCUUAGGCCACUUUCACACAGCAGUAUUUUGGUCAGUAUUUUGCAUCAGUUAUUUGCUAGCCAUAACCAGGAGUUAAACCAAACAGAGAGAGAAUAUGUAAUGGAACCAUUUGCAAUUUUUCCAAGUUUUGGACCCACUUCUGCUUUUGGUUUGCACAUACGAAUACAGAGUGCAGACAUGUGAAAGUGGCUUUAGAUUCACAUUAUAACUCAUGCAGUAAUUUUCCCUUCUCCAAAAUUGCUUGUGGAUAUUGUGAUUUCAUUUUUUACAUGUAGUGGUUCUGCCCACUCUUUAGGACAUUAAUUUAUUAUUGUGAAAAGUAAUUAUGAUUUGGAAAUUCAUUGCUACACUUAAAGGGGAAAUCCAGUUGGUGAUCUAUGGAUCUUCUCAUAUUUAUAUCAGAUCAUCACAUAGAAGUUUCUGAUCUAAGUUUGCCAUUUAUUUUUACAAGAGUUCUCACACCCAUUCAGCACUGCUUAGAGAUUUCUACUAGUGGAAGCAAACUGUUGUUGAUUUAUCUGAUCCUUUUAUCAGUGUAAAAGGCAUGUAUGUAAGCCCUCUAUAGAAUCAUGUCUAGAAAUCAGCAAACUCCAAUGUGACGUGAACUGUAUUUCCCCUUUAGGGUAGGGUCACACACAGUGCAUCCGCAGCGUAUUUGAUGAUGCGGAUGCGCUGCCGGCAGUCGAGCAAGCCUUCGACUGCAGCAGGGUAGCUCUGUGACUAAGCUCAUGUCUGCCGGUGGAAAAUCCGCCACUAUGAGCAGACACACAGAGAAACAGGGAGCUUACUCUGCCGUCGCUCUGUGACUGAUGGCAGCGGAUGCGCUAUGUGUGACCCCCUACCCUUAUAAAAAUAUAUUAGAGAACUGCUGUUUGUGUAGUUUCCUAAUAUAUCAGUGCACAUUUACUAAAGGUGAACCUAUGCUUGACAAAAGUACCACAUCCCUUGUAGAAUGUUGCUUUCUCUGGCCUCUAUGUAAUAUGCGCAACAGCCACCAAAUCCAUUUUGUAUAUUUUAACAUUACAUACCAAGGCCAUGCAGUAUUAUGUGCUUAUCUCAAUGAGGCACUCUGGACCUUUACUUGCAUUUCCUCCCAUGCUAUAUUGACAUGUAGUAAUUCCCGAAGUGCCUUGUUGAAGCAGGUGCAGCAUUUGCAAAAUACUAUAAUGUAACAUUGCUGCAACGCUUGACCACGGAAAAAGGGGUUCCCUUGAUUUCAUUGAUAAAAAGGCUUUGAUUUGCUUUAAGAACCAUCAUUAUGUUGUUAUUGGAUGUUAAACUUGCAUACUGUUGCUAAACUGGUACAACAUUGUGUUGUGUAUUGCACCUGUGCCUGUUAAUAGUGCAUUCUACAUGGAAAUGGAAAUUUUCACUUGAUUUUUUUUUUUGUUAAUCUUGUCAUACUUUUGUGGAAAUAAAUACAAGCUGCAUUUAUGUACAAGACUCAUUCAGCUAUUUUAACUUCGUUUGCUUUUCCUUUACUGCCAUUAUAACACUAUUAUAGCUGAAAUCUCUCAUGUCUGCAGAAGUCAUGUUUAUUUAUUGCAAUUAAUGUAACUAAAUAUUUGA